AUGAGAGUCGAUCAUAUCGAGAGACGUAUCGAACAACAGAUCAUUCUUAAGGAAUUGAUUGACAAUGCCUACGGCAAUUUUGCAAAGGUUGGAUACUCCAACGUCACUUCUUACCGAGUACAAGCACGACUCGCUUCUCUCAACGAGAACUGGUCAAAAUUCUCUGUUAUCCAUGAUGCCAUCGUAUUGUCUAUGACAAAAUUAAGCUUAGAGGAACAAUCAUGUUUAAGAAAUCUCUCUUACUUUUCAGAAAACUUCUUCUCAAGUACGCAUGAAUGCUAUCUCGAGGCAGUCGAAAAAAUAUCUUCAUUACUUGAUUCUGAAAAUCAAGUUACAAGAACGCCAUCGACUCCUUCGGAGUCUCAAACAUCUGGCGUCCCGGUGUUCUUCCAUCAUGCAAGACUGCCUCGAAUUGAUAUUCCUAAAUUCAACGGAUCUCCCGCUGAUUGGUUGUCAUUCAAGGAUUUAUUUAGCUCUCUCAUUUUAGCAAAUCCUACUCUAACCGCUGUCGAGAAAUUACAAUAUUUGAAGACGAGUCUGAUCGGAUCUGCUUCUCAUUUGUUGAAAAAUACCACGCUUACGGCAGAUAACUUCCAGAAAGCCUGGGAUGCACUAAUUUCUUUUUACGAAAACAAACGAUUGUUAGUCAAUGCCGCUCUUCAUUCUUUAGUAACCCUCAAGCGAAUGACGAAAGAAUCUGCCAAUGAAAUGGAACAAUUAUACACAGGCAUUAUGCAAAUAUAUCGGACUCUGGAGACGUUACAUCGACCUGUGGAGACUUGGGACGAUUUUUUAGUCUUUCUCGCCGUACAGCGAUUAGACUCAGAAUCGGUCAAGGCAUGGGAGCAUCACCUAGGACCAUCCAAGGAUCCUCCAACAUGGAAACAAUUCAGCGAAUUCCUGAUAACUCGUUUGCUAUCACUGCAAGCUUUCGAAAAAUCCCGGACAGGUAAAUCAUCUCAGAGUGCCAUCAAGUCUCAUUUUCAGGGCAAGGCGAAAGAAGGUCAGUCCAGCAAAGCAAAUUCCUGUGUAAUCUGUUCUGGCAAUCAAUAUGUGCCAAAAUGUCCUCAAUACAGCUCGAAAACAAUUCAACAACGAGUUGCAAUCAUCACAAAACAUCGUUUAUGCUAUAAUUGCUUAGGAUCUCAUCGAGUGUCUGCUUGUCGCAUAACAACCCGCUGCCAAAAAUGUGGGCAAAAGCACCACACUACGAUUCACCAACAUAAAGGAACAACUUCUGAUACGGGAAUUAAUCCUGAUAAUUCACCCGUUACAAACCCUAAAUCCACCGAAGCUCAUGUUUUGCAUGCUGCAAAGCAAUCAAAACCAUCGAUGUCAUCUAUAUUUUUGGCUACCGCCCAAGUUGACGUCAUAGCACCGAACAACGAAACCUUAAGAGCAAGAGCGUUAAUCGAUCAAGGAUCUGAGAUUUCGUUGAUUUCCGAACGCAUUGCACAAGUCUUACGACUUCCAAGAACACGGUCAUCUAUCCCGUUAGUUGGAAUAGGAGGAAAGAAAUCCAACAAAACACGAGGAAUCGUUUUCUUCAAAUUCAGACCGCAUUUCAAUUCCAACUCAGAAUUGUCAAUGACCGCGCAUAUACUGCCAAAGCUGACUGACACUAUUCCAUCUAUUCAGAUUGAACAACGCAAUUGGCAUCAUUUAGAUGGACUCCAAUUAGCGGAUAAGGACUUCGCGUAUCCAAACUCUAUAGACCUAAUACUAGGUGCAGAUAUCUACGGGCAAAUCAUUGAAAGCGGACUUGUAAAAGCGGACAAGAACUCUCCUAUCGCACAAAGAACGAAACUGGGAUGGAUCAUUUCAGGCGUAGCCGGAUCACGUGCGAAUCUCAAUAAAAUACAAGGAUAUCACGUCUCACUUAAUCGAGAGCUUCACGAUUUAAUCGCUAGGUUCUGGGAGAGCGAAGAAGUCUCUACAACCUCCACAUCAUCUCUAUCUAGAGAAGCUCAAGAGUGUGAACAGCAUUUCCUCACUACCCAUUCUCGUGAUGCUGAUGGAAGAUAUGUCGUUCAACUUCCUUUUAAGAAACCGACAAACAGCCUUGGUGAUUCUCGAUCAAAAGCUGGGCGAAUUCUUAAUAAUCUGUCUAAGCGAUUAAAGAACGAACCUGCCUAUUCUUCUUCCUAUUCAGCAUUCAUGAAGGAGUAUGAAAGCCUGAAUCACAUGAAACGUGUUCCAGACGAUGAGACAGAGCCUCCACUUUCGUUUUACCUACCACAUCAUGGAGUUGUACGAGAAGGCAGUCUCACCACGAAAUUACGAGUUGUCUUCAACGGAUCAAGUCGCAGUAGCACAGGUGUAUCCUUAAACGACUUGUUACAUACAGGAGCAAAAUUACAACUGGACUUAUUCGACGUUAUUAUUUGGUUUCGCCAAUUUCGGUACGUGUUUUCUACUGACGUGGAAAAAAUGUAUCGUCAGAUAAAAGUACAUCCCACCGAUUGGAACUUUCAACGUAUUCUGUGGUUGGACGAGUCUCACCACACUGUUACGUAUCAAUUAACAACGGUUACGUAUGGAUUGGCCUGUGCGCCAUUUUUAGCUCUUCGAGUCCUAAAUCAACUGGUCUCUGACGAAGGAUCUAACUUUCCACUCGCUGUUCCAAUUCUACAACGUGGAAGAUAUGUUGAUGACCUUUUUGGAGGAAGUAACUCGAUUCAUCAUGCGCGUGAGAUUGUCAGGCAAUUAGAUCAGCUCUGUAUGGCGGGCGGUUUUCCCUUGCAAAAAUGGAUAAGCAACAACUCGGAAAUCCUUGAUCCUAUUCCUGCUGGAAGACGAGUUAACUCGCCAUGUUUGCAAAUCGAAGAUACGACUGCCAUACAGGUACUCGGGCUGUGCUGGAAACCUGUUGCGGAUAAUUUUCAAUUUACAAUUAAUUUAUCAUCAUCUCCAGUAAUGACAAAACGAAGCGUUCUAUCAACCAUCGCGAGAUUGUUCGACCCUCUCGGUUUGAUAUCCCCAGUCAUCAUUCCAGCUAAGAUAUUUAUUCAAGAAUUAUGGACUAUUAAGAUUGACUGGGAUGAUUCGUUGCCUCCGCACCUCUCUUCCAAAUGGAUCAAAUUUAUUGAUCAACUUAAGACCACGUCAAAUUUAACAUUCCCGCGUUGGUUGAACACUCAGUCUAAACAACCAAUCGAGAUGCACGGAUUUUGCGAUGCCUCUCAACAAGCUGUCUCUGCAGUGAUCUAUAUUCGAACCUCUAACGAUCAAGGGGAGACAAUUUCCAGUUUAGUAUGCUCCAAGACAAAGGUUGCGCCUUUAAAAAGAAUGACUGUUCCACGGCUGGAACUUACUGGAGCAGUACUUUUAACAAAAUUAAUGUCGCAUGUUCUCCGAAUUCUAGAACUUGCAACUUCUCCAGUAUACAUGUGGACCGACUCUGCCGUUGCAUACACCUGGAUAAACAAUCAUCCUUCAAGAUGGAAAGACUUUGUUUACAACAGAGUCUGCUUCAUCCAAGAGACGGUGCCACAAGCAACUUGGAAAUUUGUUCCUGGCACUGAAAAUCCAGCUGACUGUGCAACACGAGGACUAACACCUUCGCAAUUGUCUGAACACUUGAUGUGGUGGACAGGACCUCAAUGGUUAUCGCAAUCUCCAUCAACCUGGCCGAAAUACUCUCAACUGCCAUCUCAUAAAGACAACCUCGAAGAGCGACCUACAAAAUCCUACGUCAUUACUAAGGCACAAUCCAUGGAACGUUGGAACCUCAUUAAUCGAUAUUCUAGCCUAACACGGUUGUUGCGCGUUACUUGUUGGUGCUUGCGAGCUAUUCGUAUAUUUAAAAAACAAUCAGAGAAUUCAAUAACAGGACCGAUCACUAUUCAAGAAUUAGAAGGAGCGAAACAUCAUUGGGUUAAGAUCACCCAGCAAUCAUGA